AUGAUCACAAUGGUUCUCCCGAGAAUCGAGCAUUGUGCAGUAGCUGGACUCACUAUUAGUCUCGCGCUUGCUCUACUAUGGCUUCGAGGAUGCUUAGGCCAUGACAGAUUGGAUGUCCGUGAUAAAACUAUCCUUCUAACGGGUGCAUCGGAAGGAAUGGGUCUUAGUGUUGCGAGGCAGCUUUCGAAAAAAGGAGCUAAUAUCAUUAUUGUUGCACGAAAAAGAUCGAAGCUCAUUAAGGCCCUGGAUCAAGUCAAGGGCGCCGCCAUCCACACAGCACAAAGAUUUCAUUUUAUUGAAGCCGACGUUUCGAUAGCUCACGAAUCAGAGCGAAUCGUAGUGGAAGCAUGCAGUUGGAAUCAUGGCCAUCCACCUGAUAUAGUUUGGUGUUUAGCCGGCUCAGCCCACGCGGCAUUUUUCCUAGAGACGCCAAGACAGGUUAUGCAGCAGCAGAUGGACACCAACUUCUGGUCGUGUGUUGAUAUGGCUCAGGCCAUCCUGCCCAAGUGGAUAUCUGCUAAAAACACUAGUCGGGGUAAGCAACGGCAUCUUGUGUUUACGUCUUCGGUCGUGGCGUUCUUCCCGGUCGCUGGAUAUGCACCGUACGCUCCCAGCAAAGCUGCCAUCAAGAGCUUGAGCGAUACAUUGACGCAAGAACUAUUACUCUAUGGAGAAGAUAUCAAGGUACACACGGUAUUCCCGGGCACUAUUCAGAGUCCUGGACUGGAAAGAGAAAAUAUUAACAAACCUGAAAUAACGUUUAUCCUUGAAGAAUCCGACCCAGUACAAACGCCUGACGUAGUCGCGGCUAAAGCCAUAGCAGGACUAGAAAGGGGAGAAUAUCUAGUUACUAUGGGCUGGCUUGGAACAGCCAUGAGAGGCUGUGCGUGGGGAGGAUCUCGACGGAACAACUUUGUGAUUGACACUGCUAUCACUUGGAUAACGAGUAUAAUUUGGCCACUUAUUAGUAAUGAUCUUGAUGGAAAGGUCCGAAAGUACUGUAAAAAAUAUGGUUAUCUAGACGAUCGCACGGAAAAGUGA